CAUCUAUCAUGUGCCAGAAACAGUGCUGCUUACUGGAAAUAAAAAGAUGAUUAAGACAUUGUCUUUCCCUCAGGGACUCGGUAGUCCAGGAGAGGAGACUGACAGGUAAAGAGAUGGUUCUGAUGCAAUAUGUGAAAGAACUUACGGUGUCUGCUGGAGAUAACCUAAUAGUAACGUUACCCAACAAUGACGUUGAACUGCAGGCCUUCGUUGUGCCACCGCCACCUGCAGAAACAACCUACAACUAUGAAUGGAGUUUAAUAAGCCACCCUGUAGACUACCAAGGUGAAAUAAAACAAGGACACAUGCAAACUCUUAACCUCUCUCAAUUGUCAGUAGGACUUUAUACCUUCAAAGUAGCUGUUUCUAGUGAAAACGCCUUUGGAGAAGCAUUCAUCAAUGUCACUGUUAAGCCAGCCAGAAGAGUCAACCUGCCACCCAUAGCAGUCGUUUAUCCUGAAACACAAGAGCUCACUUUGCCUUUGACAUCAGCCCUCAUCGAUGGCAGCCAAAGUACAGAUGAUACUAAAAUAGUGAGUUAUCACUGGGAAGAAAUUACCGGGCCCUUCAUAGAUGAGAAGACCUCAGCUGACUCCCCUGUCCUGCACUUGUCUAACCUUAGCUCUGGCAACUAUACGUUCAGGUUGACCAUUACAGACUCAGAUGGAGCCACUAACUCCACAACUGCAGCCAUAGUGGUCAACAAUGCUGUGGAUGACCCCCCAGUUGCCAAUGCAGGACCAAAUCAGACCAUAACUUUGCCCCAGAACUCCAUCACGUUGAAUGGAAAUCAGAGCAGUGAUGAUCACCAGAUUGUCCUCUAUGAAUGGUCCCUGGCCCCUGGGAGUGAGGGCAAAGAGGUGGCCAUGCAGGGAGUACAGACACCCUAUCUUCACUUAUCUGCAAUGCAGGAAGGAGAGUAUACGUUUCAGCUGAUGGUGACAGAUUCUUCAAGGCAACAAUCUACUGCUGUGGCCAUGGUGACUGUCCAGCCUGAAAACAACAGGCCUCCUGUGGCAGUGGCUGGCCCUGAUGAGGAGCUGGUCUUCCCAGUGGCGAGUGCUACCCUGGAUGGGAGCAGGAGCAGCGACGACCACGGCAUCGUCUUCUACCACUGGGAGCACGUCAGGGGCCCCAGUGCAGUGGAGAUGGAAAAUAUUGACAAAGCAAUAGCCACGGUCACUGGUCUUCAGGUGGGAACAUAUCACUUCCGUUUGACAGUGAAAGACCAGCAGGGACUGAGCAGCACGUCCACCCUCACCGUGGCCGUGAAGAAGGAAAAUAAUAGUCCUCCCAGAGCCCAGGCUGGUGGCAGACAUGUUCUUGUGCUUCCCAAUAAUUCCAUUACUUUGGAUGGUUCAAGGUCUACUGAUGACCAAGGAAUUGUGUCCUAUCUGUGGAUCCGGGACGGCCAGAGUCCAGCGGCUGGAGAUGUCAUCGAUGGCUCUGACCGCGGUGCAGCCCUGCAGCUUACAAAUCUGGUGGAGGGAGUGUACACUUUCCGCUUGCGAGUCACUGACAGUCAGGGGGCCUCGGACACAGACACCGCCACUGUGGAAGUGCAGCCAGACCCCAGGAAGAGUGGCCUGGUGGAGCUGAUCCUGCAGGUUGGCGUGGGGCAGCUGACAGAGCAGCAGAAGGACACCCUGGUGAGGCAGCUGGCGGUGCUGCUCAAUGUGCUGGACUCGGACAUUAAGGUGCAGAAGAUCCAGGCCCACUCGGACCUCAGCACCGUGAUUGUGUUUUAUGUACAGAGUGGGCCGCCUUUCAAGGUUCUCAAAGCUGCUGAAGUGGCCCGAAAUCUGCACACGCGGCUCUUAAAGGAGAAAGAUGACUUCUUGCUUUUCAAGGUCUUGAGGAUUGACACAGCAGGUUGCCUUCUGAAGUGUUCUGGCCACGGUCACUGCGACCCUAUCACAAAGCGCUGCAUUUGCUCUCAGUUGUGGAUGGAGAACCUCAUACAGCGCUAUAUGCAGGACGGGGAGAGCAACUGUGAGUGGAGUGUAUUCUACGUGGCAGUGUUGGCUUUCACUCUCACUGUGCUGACAGGAGGUCUCACUUGGCUUUGCAUCUGCUGCUGCAGGAGACGAAAAAGGACUAAAAUAAGGAAAAAAACAAAGUACACCAUCCUGGAUAACAUGGAUGAACAAGAAAGAAUGGAACUGAGGCCCAAAUAUGGUAUCAAGCACCGAAGCACAGAGCACAACUCCAGCCUGAUGGUGUCCGAGUCGGAGUUCGACAGUGACCAGGACACAAUCUUCAGCCGAGAAAGGAUGGAGAGGGGAAAUCCAAAGGUUUCCAUGAAUGGGUCCGUCAGAAAUGGAGAUUCCUUCAGUUAUUGCUCCAAGGACAGAUAAUGGAGCAGUCCGUUGUAAAACACAAGGAUCCCACGAGAAUCCUUAAUCCAGGACCAGUCAGUGGGGUUAAAACACAAAACUGACUCUGUUAGAAUAGCUCAUUUAUGUCCUUCCACAGUGGCUGGGUGUGUGUCCCUACAUAUCAAAAGACCUGUUUUCUUGGGAUUUUCAAGGCACAAAACAAAAAAAAAUACUGCUCUUUUAACUGGGAUGCUUGUUAAUAAGAAUAAAGGCUGGGUAAAACGCUUAGGUAUAUACUUAAAGGGUUUUGUGUUUUUGUAGCUGUCACAAUAUUAUAUUGCCCCUGUUAAAGAUGAACACCUGUUUCUACCUGUAGACCCUCAGGGAAGGUGAGUUAAGUAAAGAUUUAAAGAUGGCAGAUCUCUCUCUUGGUAGCUGUGAUUGCCUUUAAGGACAACUUUCUAAACAUGAUUUCUCAAGUAGGACCUGCAGAGUCGCGUGGCUGUGUGUAUUAA